AUGUCUGCACGACCGGCCUCGCCCCCUGCUCACGCCCGCCCUGGGGAGACUUCUAAUGAAGAUCACCGGACAAGAAGACUUCUCCGCUGGGUCUUCGCUCAAGAGAAUCUUGAUGAAGUCCGUGGACACCCCGACAAGGUCCUAGCUCUCAUCGACGAGUUCAGCAAGGAAGAGCGCAUGAUGACUGUCGGCCAAGAAAAAGGCAAGCAAGUUCUAGAUGUGAUCGACAAAGUCAAGCCAGAAACCAUGAUCGAGCUUGGUUGCUUCGUUGGCUACUCUGCGAUCCUAUUUGGUGACGCAUGUCGGCGCAACGGCGGCAAGCGGUACCUCAGUCUGGAGUACAACCCAGAAUGGGCCGCGGUUGCGAACAUGCUCAUUGAGCUCGCAGGUCUCCGCAGCUUCGUUACUGUCCUCGUCGGUCGCAGCGACGUGACCCUCGACAAGCUCUACAGAACCGGCGAUGUAAAGCAGAUCGAACUCAUGUUCAUUGAUCACUACAAGCCUGCCUACUUGACAGAUGUCAAGCUCUGUGAGCACCACGGCAUGAUCGUGCCAGGCUCCGUGCUGGCUGCUGACAAUGUCCUUUACCCGGGUAACCCACCGUACUUGGAAUACGUCCGGAGUACAGUCGAACAGAAGCGGGAAGCUGCGAAGCAGGGCCCCACUAAGGGAUAUAACACGGAAGGCAUGCGCGAGCGUACCGUGAACUCCUUCAUGCCUGAGGGUGAUGUGCCAUUCCUUGAGACGGUCGGUAACCCCAAUCUCGUAUACCAGAGUGAACUUCGGCAACCGGAAGGGCAUCGGGAUGCAAUUGAAGUGACACGAUGUGUGGGUGUGCAGGAAGCAUAG